GUGAUCAAAUUAGAUCGAAGUAGUAAAAGUCAAGGAAGAAAAAAAGAACCAAUGGUGUGUUCGAGCAAACUUUGACGUAUUCUUUCAAGAGUUACAAAAGGUUUUGGGUGUUGAACAGUGCCAUGGUAAAAUUCUGGCGCGGGAAAGUGACAAACAGGAAGAUAAUUUUCAACUGGAAUCUGGAGAGGGCUAAGGGGUUUUCUGAUCUUUUGGAGUCACAGUUGCCAGUUAGCUGGUCAACUGCUUGAUACAGGAAGGUUGUGAGACGUCUUCUGCCUCGGUAUGACGCGGCCAAUGGUAGACAGUCACCGCAGGUUCCUACAAACGAUGAUGAGCAAUGGCAUUAUUGAUGGCUCCCAGGCUGAGGCAUUGCAUAAGCACUGUUGUGAAGCUGCUGGUGUCAACUAUAGCCAGGACAGACUGGAUGAGUUCAUAGAAGUUAUCAACAUACACCUGCAACCCAUGUUCAUGCAUAUCAGGAAGGGAAUGUCUGAAGACGAUGGCCUUCAGUAUUAUGCUUUGGUAAAUUUAGCUGAGACGGACGUGACCCGAAUGUCUUCUGAUUAUGCCGACAAUGAGCUGGAGCUGUUCAGGAAAAUAAUGGAUUUGGUUGCGGAGUCUGAGAAUGGAACGGCCUCGUCCACUGAUAUUUUGAACUGUGGUGAUGCUCUCCUUUCGAAAAAACUAAAGAAAAAGGAGACGGAACAAGUUUUAAAUAAGUUUGUCCAAAAUAAGUGGUUGACUGAGAAACAUGGAGAAUAUUCACUGAGCACUCGGUGUAUUAUGGAGAUGGAACAGUACAUGCGUACCUUAUACCAGGAUCUCAUCAAAAACUGUCAUGUAUGCGAUAUCAUAGCCUUCCAGUGCCAGAUGUGUGAGAACCCAGACUGUGGGAUCAGGAUGCACUUGCCCUGUGUGGCCCGCUACUUCAGGGGCCGCAGCGACCCCCACUGCCCCGCCUGCAACGAGUUCUGGCCACACGAGAUCCCAGAAAUCCACAGGCCUCUGGCCUCUCAAAGUCAGCCCUCGUCUGCAAAGGAGAACACUGCGCCCAGAUCCACACCCUCGACCUCCCAGACCCGCAGGUCCAGCAGGCGAUUAUAGCCUCAGUCAUCUGUCAUAGCACCACACAAUCUCCAUGGAGCCACUGCAGCCUGAACGUUGUUUUAUUUUGUACAUUUUGAUGCAGAAAACAGCAUAAGAGUUAGGUGACAAAUUAGCCAAGAAGUCAAUGUUCUGAGGACUAAUGAUGGAGUUAAAGGCCUCCAGACAGGGAAAGUGCACAGUAUAUGGAUACACCACUGUACAGAAAUGACUGACGUUUCAACUUUUGGAAGCUCCGCUUUUGUUUUUGAUUGACUUUUUCUUUUUUAUACCAUUCCAUUGCUUCUAAAUCCGCUGGACUCUCAGUUUACCAUUUCAUGUGUUUAGUGUGUUUUGAUAAGUGGUAAUAUUUUAAUCAGUUCUAAAAUAAAGGUACAUUUGAAUGUU